UGAAUUUGGCUAUAAAACGGGCAUGAUUCGAGUUUUUUAUUCUUUGAUUUGGAUCAUCAUCAUCAUUCCUUUUUGAAUCAAAAUUUGAAUAUUUUUUUCAGUAAUAAAAAAAAUAAUGUCAAACAUUUCACAACAAGCUACAAAUGAACGAUCACUUCGUUCGGUUUUCGUUGGUAACAUUCCAUACGAUGCAAGUGAAGAAAAACUAAAGGAAAUCUUUUCUGAAGUUGGUCCGGUAAUUAGUUUUAAAUUAGUCUAUGAUCGUGAAUCGGGUAAACCAAAAGGAUAUGGUUUUUGUGAAUAUCGUGAUCAAGAAACUGCAUUAUCGGCUAUGCGAAAUCUAAAUUCCUAUGAAUUAAAUGGCCGUAAUCUUCGUGUGGAUACGGCCACAAAUGAACGUUUUAAAGAAGAGAUAAAAAAUCUACAAAUGUCAUUAUCGGGAUCAACAUUUGAAUCACCAUAUGGACAAGAAGUUGAACCGGAUAAAGCACCCGAACAAAUAGCAAAAGUGGUCAGUUCAUUACCACCGGAACAAAUGUUUGAAAUUGCUAAACAAAUGAGACAUUGUGUUCUUACAAAUCCAAAUGAAGCACGAAAUAUGCUUCUACAGAAUCCACAAUUAGCUUAUGCAUUACUUCAGCUAUUAGUUGUAAUGCGUGCUAUCGAUGUUCAAACCGCUUCAUCUAUUCUAUACAAACCAAAUCCACCACCGAUACCAAUUCAACCGGCGGCAAAUAUUCAACCGGGAAUGCCACCAGCUGCACAUAUGGCUAUGCCAAUGUCGCAACAACCAUCAAUGUUACAUCCAAGUAUUUUUGAUCCAAGUAUUGUAGCUAAUGUACAACAACCACAAUCGAUGGCUCAAAAUCCAUUUGAUCCACGAUUAGAUCCACGUCUUCGACAGCAACAACAACAACAAGUUCAACCACCUACCGAAGCAUUUGAUCCACGAAUUGUUCAACAGCCAACACAAACUGUGGCUGCUUCAGUUCAACCUCCAUUGGAUCCACGAUUACGUGUACAAAUGCCUACAGCAACAGCCGCUACUGUUAAUCCUGUAGCGGCACAAAAUUCUCGUGGACCACCAUCUGGUCCGAUAAGACCUACAGCAGGCGUCAUAUUCAAUCAACAGUCUCAACAUUCAUCAGCUGCAACAGCUCAAGUUCCAACAUCAAAUCAACCACAAGCAUCAUCAUCAUCAUCUACAUCAUCAUCAACAUCAUCAUCGACAAUACAAACAGCUAAUCAAUCAGAACAGGAAAAAGCACAAUUAAUUAUGCAAGUUUUAUCAUUAUCUGAUCAACAGAUAAAUAUGCUGCCAGCUGAUCAACGACAAUCGAUAUUAAUGUUACGACAACAAUUACAGCAACAAAAUAAAUGAAAAUGAUCAAAAUUUAUCAAUCACUUUACACAUCAUAAUCGAUAAUAG